CAGAUGCUAUGAAAAUAUGGUGUGCAAGUCAGACGGUUUCCUUGAUCAUGAAGGCACCUCCAACGUCAGAAAAGUCUAUUAGGAAUCAUAAUUGUGUGUCAAAGUUUCUCUUUCACUGAUCCUCUCUAAAAUCAGAAACUGCCGAGCCACUCGCACAUUUUUUCAUCAAAUCAGGGCGAUGAUGUGUGACCUUGGAGUCAAACAUCGCAUGCUCUCGGUCAUGUGAUCAAACAUCGGGCAAAAUCUGGCCACCAUGGUCGCCAGCCUGAUGCAGUUGUCUGAAAAGUUUUGUCAAUCGUCAUAAUCCAAAAGUGGACCCCCGGGUCAACAUUGAUCUGCAGUGACCUCGAGCCAUUGCAAUCGGUUUCGGCUGUUUCACACCUUCCUCAGUUAUCCCUGCCUGUAAGUCCCAUCAUUCUCAAGAUUCUUCAGAUGAUAGUGAGGAUCAGAGAUUUGAGGGAUUUGUGUGCUGUCCCUUUGGCGGGUCUUCAAAAUCACAACGUGGAUGAGAAAAUAUCAGUUGAGGUGCCUUCCAUACAGAAAGCAGCGAGGACAUGUGGAGCAUGGAAAGCAGAUGCCCAUCUGUUCAAAUUCGGAUUAAUCACAAGCGCCGUGCAUACUUACGAAGUCCUAUACUGUACUGCGAAUGAAUGCCGUCCAUUCAAGAUAACUUUCACCGUGGUGGCUUGACUCGCAAUUAUUCGAUAAGGCUCCUUGCAGCAGAGGUCGAUAACUGAACUGUAGACCUUAGGUAUGGUACAAGGAGAAAAGCUCGAGACCAAGGGCCUCCCCAUGCAGACGUGAGUACGCCAUAGCCUGUACGGUAGCCUGGACGUGGGGCAGGCUUAUUUGCUCAAAGUGGAAGCGGAUCAUCACCACCGGUGUUCAAUCGGGUAAAGCCCGCGGCAUCAAACUGAAUGGAAUAAAGAGGAUCACUACAAAGCAUGAUGAUUUUUAAAGCCUCUUUUGCUCGAACUAAACAUACUUCUUAUGCUCGUUCUUUGGUUAGAUUAUCGACAUCAUAUCUAUUUUCAUAAAGAUGUGGAAGUGUAGUGUCAUUAUAGGGCACGAUGAUGUCUAAAGCUUCUUUUGCACAACAUAGCUAACUCCGUGCAAGAUCUGGUAGAUAGUUGAAGUGGCUCUCACGAACUUCGACCUGCUUUGCUUCCAU